AUGAAAUCGACGCACUCCAGCUCCUACAACCUCCGGUACCACCCCUCUUCCUCUUCCGGAUUUGUAGCGUGACCGACGUUUCGUGUCUGUUUAGACUUAAAAAAUGCGUUACGUGGCCGCUUACCUCCUAGCUGUUCUCGGUGGAAACACCAGCCCUUCUGCCAAGGACAUCAAGUCCAUCUUGGACAGCGUGGGAAUUGAGGCUGAUGAUGAACGCUUAAAUAAGGUCAUUAGUGAGCUGAAUGGUAAAGACAUCAACGAAGUCAUGAACUCAGGCCUCUCUAAGUUAGCCUCCGUACCAGCAGGUGGUGUUGUGGCAGCACCUGCUGCUGCUGCUGCUGGUGGAACUGCUGGGGCUGCGCCUGCUGCUGCGGAAGAGAAAAAGGAAGAGAAGAAAGAAGAAUCUGAAGAGUCAGAUGAAGACAUGGGCUUUGGUCUCUUUGAUUAAUCUGCCUUCUCUGUGUUUAAAAAGCAAUAAAAAUGUAAAAGGUUUACACAAAA